CUCCGCUGCUGUUCAUCAGUUAACAAACUAGACUCUGACAGAAUGAGUGGCCGCGGAAAAGGAGGUAAAGGACUCGGGAAAGGAGGCGCUAAGCGUCACCGUAAAGUUCUCCGUGAUAACAUCCAGGGAAUCACCAAACCCGCCAUCCGCCGUCUGGCUCGCCGCGGCGGAGUGAAGCGUAUCUCCGGUCUGAUCUACGAGGAGACCCGCGGUGUGCUCAAGGUCUUCCUGGAGAACGUCAUCCGUGACGCCGUCACCUACACCGAGCACGCCAAGAGGAAGACUGUGACCGCCAUGGAUGUGGUUUACGCUCUGAAGAGACAGGGCCGCACCCUGUACGGCUUCGGAGCAGUGAAAGCAGCGAAGAAGGGAUCCAAGAAAGCGGUGGCGAAGACCGCCGGCAAGAAGGACAAGAAGAGGAGAAAGACCAGGAAGGAGAGCUACGCCAUCUACGUCUACAAGGUGAUGAAGCAGGUCCACCCCGACACCGGCAUCUCCUCCAAGGCCAUGGGCAUCAUGAACUCCUUUGUGAGCGACAUCUUUGAGCGCAUCGCCGGUGAGGCCUCCCGUCUGGCUCACUACAACAAGCGCUCCACCAUCACUUCCCGGGAGAUUCAGACCGCCGUGAGGCUGCUGCUGCCCGGGGAGCUGGCCAAGCACGCCGUGUCUGAAGGCACCAAGGCCGUCACAAAGUACACCAGCUCCAAAAUGGCAAGAACCAAGCAGACCGCUCGUAAGUCCACCGGAGGCAAAGCCCCCAGGAAGCAGCUGGCCACCAAGGCUGCCCGCAAGAGCGCCCCGGCUACCGGCGGCGUGAAGAAGCCUCACCGUUACAGGCCCGGUACCGUGGCUCUGAGGGAGAUCCGUCGCUACCAGAAGUCCACCGAGCUGCUGAUCCGCAAGCUGCCCUUCCAGCGCCUGGUGAGGGAGAUCGCUCAGGACUUCAAGACCGACCUGCGCUUCCAGAGCUCCGCCGUCAUGGCUCUGCAGGAGUCCAGCGAGGCUUACCUGGUCGGCCUGUUCGAGGACACCAACCUGUGCGCCAUCCACGCCAAGAGGGUCACCAUCAUGCCCAAAGACAUCCAGCUGGCCCGUCGUAUCCGCGGCGAGAGGGCUUAAACUCACCUGACUGCUCACAACAACCCAACGGCUCUUUUAAGAGCCACCA